AUGUCGUCGUCGAUUCCAGACAAUCUGUCACCUUUGCGGCUCCCAAACGAGAUUCUGAUGGCCAUCGUGAACGAGUUAGACAACUUGGACACGCCUAAGACGAUGUGCGCACUCCUCCUCGUAUCCCGCCGUUUCCAGGACAUCGCAAUACGUCGCAUCUACAAAGAAAUGUUCAUAUCUCUCUUUCAUGUCAAACAAAUUCCGACAUUCGCGUUCCUAUCACAUAACAUCGCUUCGAACCCUGGUGUACAGUUCACCACCUCGUUCAUAUUUGAAUACAUCACGAGGCUGUCCUCGACCAGCGACGGUGCGCAAGCGAACAUCGAGCAUAUUCUCCCGUACCUGGUGAACGUCGGCCGUCUGCAUAUCACCUUCUGGCCUGUCGGUGUCUUCAACCCUCGUGCACUGUGCUUACUUCCUUCCAGCGCCCAACUCUCCCACCUCUGCGUGGAUCGCAGCAUCUACUUGACGGAUCUCUCACCAUUCCUCGCUCUAUCCCAUCCCUCGCUCGAGACCCUCAUCAUACGCACAGCAAAUCCACGUGCGGUCAUAUGCCAACCCAUCAAACCCACUGAUGCAAAGUUAUCCGCGACAGCAUUGUUUCCCAGUCUCCGAUGCCUCUCCGCGCCGAUUGAGGACCUGGUGCUGUUCACGGAUAUUCCGAAUUCACUGGUGAACCUUUCUGUUGCUGGACACGGUCCAUACUAUCCCGUCGGCGAAGAGGUCGAGUAUACAUACUUCUACGAAAUAGUGACAUCUUUACUACGCGGUCUUCCCGACCUAGAGUACCUCUCCUUGGACGGUGCAUCGAUGCCGCCAGGUGCAAACGCCAGCAAGCUAUCUCUGUUCUCUUCGACCAAGCUGAAAUAUAUCCGCCUCACAUAUACUUCGGAGGAUCCCCUCGAGAUUGCAGCCGUAUUCUUCAGCAUCAUGGACACGCUAUUGGUAUUUGACGUCGAUGAUGUUAUGACUUAUACGCGGAUGUACAGGGAUUCAAUAGGCGAUUCUCAAAUCAAGCAUGGCAUUGUUUCCGACUCGAAAUGGCCGCAAUGGUGGGAGCAGGCGGUCCCAGAGAUUGAGAAUGCCGCAGGUUAUUCGGGGAUGUCGUUUAAUGAUGACUACGACCACCCUUUCCAUGAUAUUUACUCUGGCAAUCCUAACCAAUAUGCAGGACAUCAUCAGUAUGAUGACCGUUAA